AUGCGACUCUGCUGCAGACACGAAGGAUCGGAGAAGGAUCGGAGUAGGCUCUGGGACGGACCUCUUGGAGACCGGGCAGUGGGGAUGUGGUCGAAGGUCGACGUCAAGACCGGUGGGUUAACGGGUCUGGAAUCCACUGCGAACCCCUGUGGCGUCAGCGUGAUGCUGGCUGGACAUGGGCAACAUAUGGCGGAUGUUGAUUGA